AUGACUACCUAUCAAACACCUCUUGCUGCUCUCUACGCUAGCACAAGGGACUAUUCAUCCGUGACAGCUCUGAGAAUCCCUAACGGAGGGGUGGCAGAGCUGUCUUGGAAGGAUAUCACCUUCAGUGACUUCACUAAGGACAUUGAGGCUUGUGCCAGAUACUGGGCCCAUGAGUUUCUGGAGAGAGGUAUCAAGGAGCGAUCUGUCAUUGGACUAUGGCUGAAAGGCUCGUCUUACACGGAUCUCGUACACAUAUGGGGCAUCUACCGAGCUGGCUUCAUCCCACAGCUCGUCUCUCUGAAGAUGACGGAUCCAUCUGUCGUCUACAAUCUCCUCAAGAAGUCACAGGCCGCAGUUCUGAUCCAUGAUGCCAGCUUCCAAUCAGUUGUCGCCGACAGCCCUGUGAAGGCCUACCCUGCUGAGGACAUUCUCACCUCCAAGUAUGACCACUUGCCACUGCCUCACUUGAAGAUGUCACCAGAAGCCAAGGACAUCAUCAUGAUCUAUCAUACAUCGGGUUCGACGUCCGGUAUCCCGAAGCUUGUGCCACUGACGGCGAAAUGGUUCGACUGUGUCAUCAGCAAGACGGCAUGUGUCGACGAGAUACUUCCUUCCACAAGACCGCAACGGGUCCAAGUUUCCAUUGGAAGCUUCAGUCACAUUGGCAGUACCAUGCUCCUCAUCGACGCCAUUUGCCGUGGAAGUUGCUUCGUGCUCCCGACCGAGAUACCGUACUCGAAUGACGAGCUCCGACAGAUAAUCGACCAAUGCGGACUCACCAGGUUGAACAUGUUUCCCGCCUUCUUGUCCAACGUCCUUCACGAAGCACGCCGAGACGCCUCCUUGCUCAAAGCUCUUCAGGGAUUGGAGUACAUCAUGUACGGUGGUUCAGCUCUGGAUCCCACAGAUGAAGCAUGGGCCUGCAGUCAAGGCCUCCAUCUAGUCAACGUCUUUGGUUCCACUGAAGUAGGCGUCAUGAUGAUUUCUGAGGACACCACAAACCCAUCUUAUCUGACGACUCUCCCCGGCUCCACCUAUGAGUUUGUGCCGUUGGAGGAGGACACACAUAUGGAUGAGCAGCUGGUUGAACUCGUAGUAGUUCCCGAAUCGGCUGAUUGUCCAGACGUCUCCUUGCGGAGCUCCGAGGACGGGAAGUUCCAUACGGGUGAUUUCUUUGUGGAGGUGAAGCCUGGUCAGUUCAUGGCCAAGGGACGCAACGAUGACUGGAUCAAGAUGGCCAUGGCUCUUCGAUGCGAUACAGGCUCAAUCGAGGCGAACGCCAUGGAAACAUGUGGAGAUGACCUCAUUGAUGCUGUCGUCGUUGUCGGUGCUGGACGACCCUCUCCCUCGAUGAUCGUGGAACUUCGAGAAGGUGCAUCGAUCGGACCUGAAGAGCACGACGAGGAAAUAGGACUCUGGAGGAUCAAGAACGAGAUUCUGUUCAGGAUCAAUCCCUUCCACAAACGGAGGUACAUGCAUGAGCGCAUCGAUGACGCACGAUUUAUCUUGAUCGUUCCUCGAGGAAUACUGCCACGAACGGCAACGAAGGGCAAUAUCAGGAGGAAACAAGUGGAAGAAAUGUUCAAGAGCCGACUUGACAAGGUGUACAAGGAGUGGACGAUGCCCAAGGAUUCGGUGCAAGGAAACCAUUAUCUUGUGGUCAACUGA